AUGGAGGGUCCCCCCGCGGAGGAGGCCGAGCCCCGGGGCGCCGCCUGGAGCGGGGACAGCGGCCACGUGUCCCAGAGCCACAGCAGCGCCUCGGGGCCGUGGGAGGACGAGGGCCCGGAGCCCGGCGCGCCGGGCCGCGACCUGCCGCUGCUGCGCCGCGCCGCCACGGGCUACGCCGCCUGCCUGCUGCCCGGCGCCGGCGCGCGGCCCGAGGUGGAGGCCCUGGACGCCAGCCUGGAGGACCUGCUCGCCAGGGUGGACGAGUUCGUGGGCAUGCUGGACAUGCUGCGCGGCGACUCCUCGCACGUGGUCAGCGAGGGCGUGCCGCGCAUCCACGCCAAGGCCGCCGAGAUGCGGCACGUCUACGGCAAGAUCGACAGACUCGAGGCCUUCGUCCGCAUGGUGGGGGGCCGCGUGGCCAGGAUGGAGGAGCAGGUCGCCAGGGCCGAGGCCGAGCUCGGGGCGUUCCCCAGUACGUUCCGGAAGCUGCUGCACUCGGUGACCGGGCCCUCCUUCUUCGGCAGGGCGCCCUCGGGCAGGCCCCCGCCCGCCGGCUUCGAGCCCCCCGUUCUGUUCCGCACCGAGGACCACUUUCCCUGCUGCAGCGAGAGGCCCCAGAUCUGAGCGCAGGACGAGCGCGCGGGGACACGGCCGAGUCCUCACCUCGAGUGUAACUCGGCCCCUUGAAACUCCUGUCGCUAGACAUGGGUGACGUCCAAGUUUGGAAUUUCUCCUUGUGCACACUCUGGUUCUCAGUCUCCGUUAGUUGGUGUCUGAUUCGGUGUCUUCCAGGUCUAAGCUGAGAGCUGCUAGGUAGGGGUUCAGGGUCGCGACGUGAAUGGCGCCCUCCGUACACUGGGACUGUUAUUUUCAUGGAUUUCACGGCUCGGCCAACAGUAUUGCCUUUUCCAGAUUUAUAUAUUUAUAUUGAAAAAAUGAGCCAUUAAAGCCUUGUUGUUCAAUCCUAUUAGAGAUUCAAUUUUCUAUAACUUUUAGGGUAGAUGGUAAAUUAUUUAACGUUAUAUUGAACUUUCCACAUCACGGAUUGUAAACUGAAAAAAAUUAUACAGUUUCCGGGAAAAUAUAUUGAUUUGUUGUAACAAAUUCCAAAGUCCCAUUUGAAAGUAUGACCUCACAAUCUUUUUAAUGUGUUCCAAGCAAACAUGGCUAUAUUUGGUUGCCAAUGUUUGGCUUAGAAUUUAAGUGUUAAUAAAGUUUUUUAAUUCUGUUGGAAAAGCUUUCUUUCUAAAAAGAGCUUCACAUAUUUCCUUUUUGUUUGUUUAAAAACAGACCUGUUGCUCAUAGAAUUUUAGGAGUGGGAUAAGAAAAGUGACUUGGGAGUGUCUCCUAAUGCGAAGAACUGAUCUUGGCUCCAGUUUCACUGUUCCUUAAUUUUCCCACUCAUUUGUGGGAAUCAGCGGUAUGGGGGUUUUGUUCUUCCACCUCACAACGUGGAGUGCGUGAAGAUCUCUGGAGAUACAAUAGGCUCUGUUCUUGCUUUUCAUCUGCUUUAUAAGGUGGCCCUUAUAGAGAGUAGACCUCAAAUAGGGACGCAGCUUGGCCUGCUUUUGUGUCAUUACAGGUCUUUGGGGUUGACGCAGUCCGCACGGUGUCCUUGACCUUGUAAAGAUACCAAGUGUAUUACAUUCUACAAAGCCCACACUCUAUUCCCAACCUGAGCUCUCCGGGUUUUCUGUGCAACCUUUACAUUUUUCUAGUAAUUUAUUGAUUACAAGCUAAGGAACUCCUGACACUGCAAAAAAAAGCUGAAAAAACAUGUGAUUAAUCUUAAGAACUUGGCAGCUCCUGGGUACUGCUGUAACUAGUCUUCAUGGGGCAUAGUCACUGGGUCUGAUUAGCUUCCUUAUGCAGCUUCUAGAUUGCCAAAAAACUCGGAGCUGAUAUUAAAAAAAAAAUUAGGACAAAUGAAAAGUUACAAUAAUUUUAAAGCU